AACUAAACCACUCCAAACUAAUUGUAGUUUGUCUCACUUUAAUCCAAGUUUACUCUCUUUUUUCUUGAUACAAAAAUAUUCUAAUCUUUUAGAGAGUUGAGAUAAGUCACACAAUGAACCAACACAAUAAUUAUAUGUAAAACUCAUCAGUAAAAUGUUUCCUUAUAAUCACUAACCUAUAGUUAGCCUGGCUGCCAUUUUACAUAUAUAUCUAAAAAUACAUCAAGCCACAUUGUUGUGUUAAUGAUGAUGAGCUGCCAAGAUAUAAACCCAUCUCCACCUUCAAAACACAACGAAUAAAACGGUUGUAUAUAUAAGCUACGUACACAUAUCACAUAUGCACGCCACCAAAUUACACCCGUUCAAACCACAGCUCCAACACAAACAAAUAACAAAAAAAAAAAAAAAACAGCUUCCAUUUCUUCCAUUUGUCACAUCUCUCUCUGCCUCAUAUUAUUAAAGGGAGCUCGAGACAUUAAUUAUUCUGUCUCGGUCUCUCUUGAUUACCCUGAUCUUUACAUCUCCGAGACCUAACAACACACAAAAUAUAGAAAAAUGGGUUGCGGGGAAUCAAAGCUGGCGGUUGCCACCACCAACACCAUCCUCCGCCGCAAGAAAUCGAGUGUUGCCGAUCCUUCCAAGAAGAGCAAAGACAUAGAAACCGUCCUUGAAAACAAUGACAGCGCCGCAAACUCAUCGGUGCAACACCAACAACAACAUGACCAACAAGAAGAACAAGUCAAGGAGGACAAUGCGAUCGCCAAUAAUGUUGGUGGUGGUGGCGAGGCGUCUGCGGUGGCCGAUGAUGUGAAUGUGAAUGUGAAGGACAUAAAGGUAAAUAACAAGGGCGGAGAAGAUGGUGGUAAGGAAGUAUUGGAAAAAGGUGACAAAGAAGAGCACGACGAGGCCGCGGGGAGAUUGAUUUCGCAUGGUUCUCCGAAUCGUUUCUUUUCGUCGAGGAAAUUGGAUGAGGAAGGAAUUGACGCGAUUAUUUCUGAGGGACGGUCUGGGACGUCGGACUAUUAUACUCCACGCCAUGGAAGUAAGGGAAACUUGCACUUCAAGGUAGAUGAUGAUAUUGCAGAGGACGAUAACGAAUUACAUCUGCCAGCUGCAGAAACAAAAACUCCAGCGGUGGAGACACAAAAUAAGGGUACAGAAGAGCCUGUAAAGAAACCGGAGGAGAAUUCGGUGAAGGAAACAGAAGUGGCAGUUACAACCACUGUUGAAGCCGAAGUGGCUGAAGCCGCUGAACCUGAAGUUUCAAUCCCUGCUGAAGAAGUGAAGAAUUAAUCUGAAUCUACAAAUAAUUGAGUGCAGGAACAAUAUGUGGGUGAUUCCCCAGCCAAGGAUGAGAAGACAAGCUAAGUGCGAAGGGCAGUUAAAUUAGGAAAGCUAAAGCUUCUCACUCAGCUUUUGUGUUUGUAAUUGAUCAAUCACCUAGUUUUUAUU